UGUUCGUGGUUGCCUGUGUUGCCUUGACAACGGGAGAUAAGGUGGAGGUGAUUCUGAUAUUACGUCUGGACCCCGCUAGAUGUCCGUAGUGUGUGUCGAAAGAAGAGGCGAGAAGGUUGGAAGGCGAGUUGCGAGCGUUUUUGAGAUGAAGAAUCAGUUGGUCGUGAAGUGUGGUGCGUUUCGGAUGCUGGAGUGGCCUUGUCGGCAGAUCCCAGUCGAGUGGGAUUUAGAUUUGGACCUCAAUCUGGAGUUGACACCAACAGUUGUUGAACACCCCAGAUCAAAACUGCAGCGGUACCUUUCGGAAGGACACCACAAUCACCAUGACAUGGUGCAAACAUCAUCAGCUGCUGUACCGAAAAGAUCGGCUACCAUGACCUUUCACAGGUCAGUUUCACAUCCUAAUCAACCACAUCUGUUCGCUGAACAGCAGGGACAGCACAACCGUAUGGUGGUGGACUCGUCGGCCAAAUUACCGCAGGAAUCUGGCAACAUGACCGUUGACAGGUCAUUGUCUAAUCAGCCAGCUGUCAAACUACGCCGAUUUUUGUCAGAGGGUCAUCAAAACAAACAGGAGUCAUCGCCAUCAGCUUCUCGGCAAAGAUCUGCUACAGUAACAUUUAACAGGCGGCAACAGAUGGAUGGUCAGCAGUUGUACUGCCAGACACAUGGUUGUAGUCAACCUGCUGACCCGGACACAGGACAGCACAAGGAAAAACUAAAGAGUGCUACUCAGGACCUGUUUGAGCUGCUGGAGAGAGUUCAGAGCAGCCGGCUUGACGACCAGAGGUGUGUCCUGCCCCCGUACUUCACACAGGUAGGCUACCCACCAAUCACUGUCUGUCCACCAGAAGAUGUGUUCAGUUUGCCGUCUACAGGUCGAAGUGCUACUCAGGACCUGUUUGAGCUGCUGGAGAGAGUUCAGAGCAGCCGGCUUGACGACCAGAGGUGUGUCCUGCCCCCGUACUUCACACAGGUAGGCUACCCACCAAUCACUGUCUGUCCACCAGAAGAUGUGUUCAGUUUGCCGUCUACAGGUCGAGUCUGCGCUGCAGUUUUGAACGAAACCACGUGA